CCACAAAAUGGUGGAGGCUCUCGGCAGUGGGUGAACCGAGCAUCUCUGACGCUGAGAGACACAGGCGCACAUCCAUGAUCUGAAACCCAGGGCAGGAGACAGAACUGUGCCUCAGCCGUGGUGUUCCCCUUCUGGCGAUGAGGGGAUGGACCAGACUCAUGAACACAAGAUGAGUUUUGAGGGGGCAGAGUGUAGACCAGCUCCACCCACCUCCCUGCCCCUGCAGGGCCAAGGGGGCGUGGCCUCUCAGAGGAAGAAGCUCUCGGCUCCUCGUAUAAGUCUAUCGUUGGACCAAAGUGAGGAUGACCUGUUCGACACACCAGAUGACCUGGACAUCAAUGUGGAUGAUCUGGACACACCUGACGAAGCAGAUUAUACUGACCAUGAAAUAGACUGGGAAGAGCCUCAAGCAUCCCAGAGUGAUUCUGUUAAAGAAACAGUUGAGCCCAUUCCCACAUACAGUGCUCAGGAGGAGCGGCAGGAUUCCAAACUCUGGAGAACCGUCGUCAUUGGAGAGCAAGAACACCGCAUCAACAUGAAGAGCAUUGAACCUUACCAAAAAGUCAUAUCCCAUGGAGGGUACUAUGGCAAUGACGCAAAUGCCAUCAUUGUAUUUGCUGCAUGCUUCCUCCCUGACAGUGACAGAGAGGACUAUCACGAGAUCAUGGAGAACCUCUUCUUGUAUGUUAUCAGUACACUAGAGCUCAUGGUAGCAGAGGAUUACAUGAUUGUGUACUUGAAUGGAGCCACUCCACACCGGAGGAUGCCUGGCCUCAACUGGCUCAAGAGAUGCUACCAGAUGAUUGAUAGGAGGCUCAGAAAGAACUUAAAAUCUUUCAUCAUUGUUCACCCAUCAUGGUUCAUUAGGACAGUUCUAGCCAUCACGAAACCGUUUAUCAGCUCAAAGUUCAGCAGUAAGAUCAAGUAUGUGAACAGCUUAGCAGAACUGGAGGAGCUCAUCCCAAUGGAGUACGUCCACAUACCCGAGUGCAUCAUCAGACUGGAUGAGGAGUUGCGGGAAGCAGCAGAGAGCUCUAAAAUCAACAGCUUUCUCCAAGGAAGUGAGAAACCACAAGAAUCAAUAGCUCAACCCAAUGCGAGCAGUUCAUAAGAGCCGUUGGCUGUGGGUGCAAGAACAAUAUGUCUGUAAAGGUUUUGAGUAUUUCAAAUUGUAAUGAUUAUUGUACACUGAUGUGGAUGCAAUAAUCGUAUAAAAUAAGAGAAAAGGGUAUUUUUGUGCUUUGGUAUCUCACAGUGCUGGGAUGAAUAGUGCAGCACCACAUAUUCUUCAACACAAAUCACCUCAAAUGUAAUAAUUCUUCUCACUUAAACCAGCGCAUUGCUUGGAUCAUUCUUUGUCUCCUAUCGUCUUGCAAACGUUUCUCUUGUUACUUGAAUUAUGCAUGAGAGGCAUUUUAGCAAUAAUAUAAUGUAGUACUUUUCCCCUUUAGACUCCUAAUUUUCACCGUCAGGUAUUUUUUCUAAUUGGAGCAUGCAUAAAGGGCAAAAUCCUGUCACUUCAGCUGCUCUGUAUUAAUAUUAGUGCAUGCAAGGUUAUUCUCAAAGCGUAGCACCCUGUUAGCACUAAUGCCAACUCUCUACCCUCUCAUGCUAAAUUGAUGACUUGGGGACACAGAAAAUAGAGCACUAGUUAAUUAUUGCCAUUGUCAGAAACAAUAUGAGUCAGGUUUAAAUUUAAACAACAUCUCAUAUCACUUUAUAUGCAUCAGUUCAAAAUCAGCAGGGAGAAAUCAUUUGUAGUUCUUAAAUGUCAAGUGUGUUAUGCUAAAAUGCUUCCUCUAUUACUUUAAGCCCAGGUUGACUUCCUGAACAAAGUAGCAUAAAGACUUUUGUGGCUCUUUUAAAACAUUUGUGCAGUUAAAUAUUCUUUCAAACAUUAGUGGAUAUUGCCUCAACAGGUGGCUUGAGAACAUUUGUGAAACCCAGUGCUUGCUACUAUAAACUGCUAUAGAGUGCAACCUCGGUUAUGGAAGUAAUUCAUCCACUUGUUUUUCCUGUAGGGAUUAUUAACGAGACAUAAGCUAUGAACCAAACCAACAAGCUACAAGGCUAAUUACGACAUUACAAAAUUAGAUUUGAAGC